AUGCCUCUCUUGAAAGAUCAUGCUUCAACAUCUUCAUCUUCAUCUUAUCACUCUUUUUCCAUUCUUAAUGGUGGUGAUCUUGCUUCUUGUUCUUCUGGAUCGAAACGGAAAUGUCCGCUACAAGAAACCAACAAUAGUUCAUCGUUGUCGGAUUUGUCUUCAUAUCCCAAUGAAACUAAUGUUUGUCUUCAUCUGUCUCUAUAUUUUUGUGAUUGCAUUCAAAUUGCCAAGAAACAGAAACUUGCUCACCAAGAAACUAAUGUUGAUGCUGUUGUUCUUGUUGGAACAAGUUCUGAUCCAUGGAAGAUCAAGAAACAGAAACUUGUUCACCAAGAAACUAAUGCUGAUGCUGCUGUUACUGAUACUGUUGGAACAAGUUUUCAUUCUUCAAUCAGCAGUGAUGCUGCUGUUACUGAUACUGUUGGAACAAGUUUUCAUUCUUCAAUCAGCAGUGAUGAUCCAUGGAAAAUCAAGAAGGUACUCACAACAAGUGAUCUGGAAAAUAAUAGCAGACUUUUGUUGAAGAAAGAAGUGGCUAGGAAAUGGGUCGUUCCUUUUGUGGAUAAAGAUAAAGCUGAGAAAGAUGGAGUCCAACUUUCGGUUUUUGACGUUGACACACAAACCCUUCGUUCUCUUGUUUUCAAGAUAUGGCCUUCGAAUAACAGUCACGUUUUCAACAAUACAUGGAUCAAGGAAUUUGUAGAUAAAAGAAACUUAAAAGCUGGAGAUGAAAUUGGUUUUAAAUGGGAUCAAGACAACAAGAGAUUUGAUUUUUCAGUUCUUCAUAGGGGUGUUAACAACUGA